UAAUCCUUCCCCUCACCUUUCCCCAUUGCCAAACCAACUUCUUAAUUACUCGUUUUUAUUUGAUUUACUCUCUCGUUUUCUCCAUUUUCUCUUCCUUCUCUUCCUUCUCUUUUCAUUAUUUUGCUUUCUGCAACACAACUUAAAAUUCUCUCUCUAUCUUUCUCUCUCCUCACCAAAACAUGUUACAGACUCGACCACAAAACAUCUCAGAAACUCAAACCCUUUCUAAAUCCCUCUAAAUCACUCCCAAAUUCUUUUUCAUUAUCACUUUUUCAUCUUUAAAAUACUUAUUUAUCUUCCAUUGUUAUUCAGAUUCCAGAAUGUUCAAAUCUGCAGUAGAAUUCGAGAUAAUCCCAUUGCCAGAUACACCCGAAAAGGAAUCAUCCAAAAACCCAUUAGUUCGUACAAGGUCUCAAGCAACAACAAGGAGAAUAACACCAACAAACUCCCAAAACGACACAGUUUUAACACCACACCCACCAAUCGUUGAAAAGCGCCUCCCUAAUGGAGAUCUCUACAUAGGAUCUUUCUUAGCAAAUCUACCUCAUGGUGUAGGUAAAUAUCUCUGGUCAGACGGAUGCAUGUAUGAAGGAGAAUGGAAGAAAGGAAAAGCCAACGGUAAAGGCAAAUUUUCAUGGCCUUCAGGUGCGACCUAUGAAGGUGAGUUCAAAGCUGGUCGUAUGGAAGGACAAGGCACUUAUACUGGUUCAGAUGGUGAUACGUACAAGGGUUCAUGGGUUUCUGAUAAAAAACAUGGGUAUGGUGAAAAAAGGUAUGCUAAUGGUGAUUUUUAUGAGGGUUCUUGGAAGAGGAAUGUUCAAGAUGGGAAUGGUAAAUAUGUAUGGAGGAAUGGGAAUCAGUAUCAUGGGGAAUGGAAGAAUGGGUUGAUAUGUGGUAAAGGGGUUUUAAUUUAUUCUAAUGGUAAAAAAUUUGAGGGUGUUUUGGAGAAUGGGAUUAUGAGAGGGUAUGAUACCUUUUACCCAGGAAAUGGGUAUGAUAACUGUGACAUUAAUGCUAAGAAGAAAGUGUCUUUAGAUGGUGGAGGUGAGAGGAUAGUCCCAAGGAUAUGUAUAUGGGAAAGUGAUGGAGAAGCAGGAGAUAUAACCUGUGAUAUAAUUGAUAAUGUUGAAGCAGCUUCUAUGAUUUAUGGGGAUGGAUUUGUAAGGUUAGAUCGGCAGCUUGUUAAAAGUCCUUGUUGUUUUAUCAAGGAAGCUAAGAAACCUGGACAAACUAUUUCUAAAGGUCAUAAGAAUUAUGAUUUAAUGCUUAAUCUUCAAUUGGGUAUUAGAUAUUCAGUUGGAAAACAUGCUUCCACUUUGAGGGGUCUGAAAAAUAGCGAUUUUGAUCCCAAGGAUAAGCCAUCAACAAGGUUUCCACCUGAAGGAUCAAAACUGACACCAACCCAUAAAUCAUCUGAGUUUCGGUGGAAAGAUUAUUGUCCAAUGGUUUUCAGACAUUUGAGGGAGUUAUUUCAAAUAGAUCCUGCCGAUUAUAUGUUGGCAAUUUGUGGAAAUGAUGCACUCCGAGAGCUGUCUUCACCUGGGAAAAGUGGAAGUUUUUUCUAUCUUACACAAGAUGACAGAUUUAUGAUCAAGACCGUGAAGAAAUCUGAAGUCAAGGUUCUACUUAGGAUGCUUCCAAGUUACUACCAACAUGUUUGCCGAUAUGAAAAUUCUCUCGUGACUCGAUUUUAUGGAGUGCAUUCUGUAAAACCAGCUGGUGGACCGAAGACACGCUUCAUUGUCAUGGGCAAUUUGUUUUGCUCUGAGUAUCGAAUACAUAGGCGUUUUGAUUUGAAAGGUUCUCGACAUGGUCGAAUAACGGAGAAACCAGAGGGGGAGAUAGAUGAAACUACCACCCUUAAGGACCUCGAUCUUGACUUUGUUUUCCGUUUACAAAGGAAUUGGUACCAGGAAUUGAUCAAGCAAGUUGAGCGGGAUUGUGAAUUUCUAGAAGCAGAGAGAAUCAUGGACUACAGUCUUUUGGUUGGUAUUCACUUUCGUGAUGACAAUACAGGAGAUAAAAUGGGUCUAUCUCCAUUCGUCCUUCGUGGCAAAAGGGAUUCAUAUCGGAAUGAGAAAUACUUGCGUGGACGCCGUUUCCUCGAAGCAGAACUACAGGAUAUGGACCGUGUUCUUGCUGGAAGGAAACCAUUGAUCAGACUAGGGGCAAAUAUGCCAGCCAGAGCUGAGCGGCUUGCUAGGAGAAGUGAUUUCGAUCAGUACAUUCCUGGGGGCUACGGAAAUUUGAUCCCAGCUCGUAGUGGUGAAAUAUAUGAAGUAAUAAUUUACUUUGGUAUAAUUGAUAUAUUACAAGACUAUGACAUUGGCAAGUGGUUAGAGCACACCUAUAAAUCUUUUCAAGCUGAUCCAACGUCGAUUUCAGCUGUAGAUCCUAAGCUAUAUUCUAAGAGAUUCCGAGAUUUCAUCGGAAGGAUUUUUGUUGAAGACAGAUGAUAGCAGUGGAGAAUGGGAGAGAGCCAAAAACUAGAACACAUUCCAAAUGGGUGGCACUAUUCCAUUGAAAAUGGAAUCACCUAUUGGUAUUAGGGUCCCCUCCAUGUGGAAAAUGGAAGUCAAGAAAAUUCAAUUCUUCUUUUCUUGAUAGUAAUGUUUAAGGGCAAAACAGGACCAAGAAAACUAUCUUAUUUGGUGGAAAAAAUAGUGUGCCAAAUGCAUCAAAUGGUAAUCACACGGGGAAGUGAAUUAGAGUUGCUAUGACAUCGACUAAAUUUGGCCUUGGCCGAGUUUUGUGAAUCAGCCAAGAGCACGAUACAGGGGGAUUCGGCAUUAUUCUUGUACAUUCAACGGGUAAAAUUGGAUCUUGGAUCGAUAUUUGUUACUCCAUUAAAUUUUCUCUUGCGUUGGGUAAAAUUUUGUAAUAAUGAUUAAAGUAGGACGGAUCUGAAAGAUAGGUAUAGAGAAAAGGGGAAAAUAUGGUUUUCCCCAAGAAAAAGAGACUCAAAACAAAUGGGGGGAGAUAUGUGAUGGAAUAACUGUACAUGUUUAUACUACUAGAAAUCAAGGAUGAACAGAUAAUUUAUGUGAAUCAUGUUUUUUUGUACAUUUAGUGUCUAGUAAGUUAGUGCCUUAUUGAGGAGGUAAUUUAGAUUUAAAAUGUUGGUUAAAUUGUGUGACUUUUAUUACAAGGAAGGUCCCAUGUGUUUCUCUCUCUAAAAGAUUUAAAAAAAAAAAUAAAAAAUAAAAAAUAAGGGCAUGUUUGGGGAAAUGAGAAAAUGGUGGUGGUGGGGAGCAAUUUGAAGGAGGCUUUUACAGGUAAAGUUGAAGGAGUUGAAGGAGGAAGGAGAUGUUCAUAAAAAGAAGAGAAAGCACAAGAAAGAUACAGAUUGAUGGGGAUCUCUCUUUGUUCUUUGUUUACUUUCUUUGAUUCAAACAAUUCUUUUUCUUUUUACUAUUUUUGAUUUAUAUUUUGGUUUUUUUUACUACUCAAUAGUGAGUAUUUUUUAAUAAGAGCUACAGAGUGUUGCCAGAUUAAUGCUAAAUAAUUGUACAAAAGCAGCCAAACCAAACAGAGAAUAUGGAAGAGAAGAGAAGAAAACCCCAUUUCAUUUUGACCAAACUAUACUUUUUUAUGCCAUGAUCCCAAUGACAUUACCACUCGUUUGCCCUUAGUGG